CUUAAUUCAUCAUCCAUGGCCGAAAACACGAGGAAGCCCACCAAAAAACCUUACUUGACCUCCGAUCAUCUCCUUGAGCCAUCGCUAAGCUUGGCUCUUUCAGGCGAUUCAUAUGGUUGUGCCGGUGGUGGCUCAUCAUUCUCUAAUGCGAGUGUGAAGAGGGAAAGAGAUGUCGCAAGCGAAGAAUCAGAGAGAUUAGGGGCGAUUAAUACUUGUGGUGAAGAUGGCGAAGAAGAUGAAGAUGGUAGUGUUAAUGGUAGGAAGAAACUCAGGUUAACCAAAGCUCAGUCUGGACUACUUGAGGAAGCCUUUAAAUUGCAUACCUCUUUGAACCCUCAGCAACAAAAGCAAAAGCUGGCAAGGGACCUAAAGCUAAGGCCGAGACAAGUUGAAGUUUGGUUCCAGAAUAGGAGGGCCAGAACGAAACUGAAGCAAACGGAGGUGGAUUGCGAGUACUUAAAGAAAUGCUGCAAGAGAUUAACCGAUGAGAAUCAAAGACUCCGGCAAGAGGUUCACGAACUGAAAACACAAAAGUUGUUGCAACCCAUCUACAUGCAGAUGCCGGCGGCCACUCUCACCAUGUGUCCGUCAUGUGAACAGAUCGGAGACACCAAUCCUGCGUCCAAGAACAUCCCUUUUACAAUGGCUCCUAAAAGAAACUUUUUUAAUCCCUACUCUAGUUCAUCAGCAGCUUGUUAAUUGGUUAAAUUUAUAUAUUACCCAUGCACAGCCCUACAUGUUUUAGAAUUAAGGGCUUGUCUUGCGAUUGCAGGUCAAUGUUCAAGUAUUUUAAAUAUAAAAUUAUUGUAGAAAAAUAUUAGAAUUUCCACUCCUAUAACUUUCUUAUUAAAAUUUUGUAUAUAUGUUAUCAUCUAAAUUAUUUCCUGCUUAUGAUAUUAC